GUUAAAAACAGUAAUAGAAGAACUGAUGCAGACACAGCAAACCCUUUUGAGCAAAGAGGAACUUGUGUUGGAACUGGAGAAAAAAAUAGAAGAGUCCUCCAAGACUUGUGAGAAGAAGUCUGAUAUUGUACUCUUGCUGAGUCAAAAGCAAGCACUGGAGGAACUUAAGCAAACAGUUCAGCAAUUAAGAUGCUCUGAGGCAAAAUUUGCAGCCCAGAAAGAACUACUGGAGCAAAAGGUUCAAGAGAACGACGGGAAAGAGCCACCACCUGUAGUGAAUUAUGAAGAAGAUGCCAGAUCAGUGACUUCUAUAGACAAGAAGGACAAAGUCUCAAGAUUUGACACUAUACGUCAUUCCAUAGCUGGAAUUAUAAGGUCUCCAAAAUCCAUGUUGGGCUCAUCAUCACAGUUCUUUGAUGUAAUUUCAACCACUGAGAAACCGUUGGCUGAGCAAGACUGGUAUCAUGGUGCAAUUCCAAGAAUAGAAGCCCAGGAACUGUUAAAACAGCAAGGAGACUUCUUGGUGCGAGAAAGCCACGGGAAACCUGGUGAAUAUGUCCUUUCUGUGUUUUCAGAUGGACAACGGAGACACUUUAUCAUACAAUAUGCUGAUAAUCAGUAUCGUUUUGAAGGAACUGGGUUUCCAACAAUACCUCAACUCAUAGAACAUCAUUACACAACAAAGCAAGUUAUUACAAAGAAAUCAGGUGUUGUUCUGCUGAAUCCUGUUGUUAAGGAUAAGAAGUGGGUUCUCAAUCACGAAGAUGUCACACUGGGAGAAUUACUGGGCAAAGGUAAUUUUGGUGAAGUGUAUAAGGGAACAUUAAAGGAUAAAACUCCUGUUGCUGUAAAAACUUGUAAAGAAGAUCUUCCUCAGGAAUUGAAAAUAAAAUUUCUGUCAGAAGCCAGAAUACUCAAACAGUAUGAUCAUCCUAAUAUUGUGAAACUUAUAGGAGUUUGCACACAGCGACAACCUAUUUAUAUUGUUAUGGAACUUGUGCCAGGAGGUGAUUUCCUAUCGUUUUUAAGAAAAAAGAAGGAUGAGCUAAAAACCAAACAGCUGGUGAAAUUUUCAUUAGAUGCUGCUUCUGGUAUGGCAUAUCUCGAAUCUAAAAAUUGUAUACAUAG